AUGGCACCCGCAAUAACAACUCUUCCAUCCCCGGAACCGGAAGCAUCGCCCAAGCGACCCAAGAUCGCCAUCGUAGGCUCCGGCUGCGCAGGUCUCGGUGCAGCAUGGGCGCUCAAGGAUAGCAACUACGACGUCCACAUCUUCGAGAAGGCGAAUAGACUAGGCGGUCAUACUAACACUCAAACCUUCCACUAUGCGGGCCCGGAUGGCAGCAAGGAAAGCGUGCCCGUCGACACGGGGUUCAUUGUGAUGAAUACGGCUACCUAUCCCAACUUCAUGCGUUUCCUGCGCGAAGUCGGCGUCGAGCCUGUAGAGACGGAGAUGAGCUUCGGCGUUUCCCGGGACGGUGGUGAGUUUGAGUGGAGUGGCGAGACAAGAGGCAUCUUUGCGCAACGUUCGAAUCUGCUCCGGUGGCGGCAUUGGAGGAUGCUCUACGAUAUUGUGCGGUUCAAUCAGUUCGCGCUCGAUCUCCUUGCAGACGAGGGGGAGGACGGCUUGGAACGGCUGGGUUCGCCACGCAAACGAGGAAAGCUCGCGGGUGAGAUGAGCAUCGGGACGUAUCUCGACCGCGAGGGCUACUCGGUCGCCUUUCGCGACGACUACUUGAUUCCCAUGACCGCUGCAGUAUGGAGCACGUCGCCGGACAAGGCUACUCUGGAGUUCCCGGCGAGGACACUGAUUCGGUUUAUGUGGAACCAUCAUCUCUUAACCACUCUGGCUGUCCGGCCGCCGUGGCUGACUAUCCCGGGUGGCUCGCAGCGGUACAUUGAUGCUGUCAUCAAGAGCUUUCCGAAGGGCAGACUCCACCUGCAUACGUCGUGCGAAGUUGCCAAUGUGCUGCGACCCUCACGUGGAGAAGACGGUGGAGUGACGGUGUCGUGGAUUGAUGGCGCGAACGAUUGCAAGAUCGAAGGCGACGUCUUCUCCCACGUCAUUCUAGCUUGCCAUGGUGACGAGUCUUCCUCCUCCGCCUUGCAAUACGUCACCGAGGAAGAACAUUCCAUUCUCUCCUCCUUCCAAACAACCGAGAACAUCGCCUACCUCCAUUCCGACCUUACCCUCAUGCCCCGCCGCCGCGCCUGCUGGACAAGUUGGAAUUACCUCACCACCUCUCACGCGUCAAAGCUCGCUCACCCCGCGGAAGUGAGCCUGACGUACUCCAUGAAUAUCCUCCAACAUCUGCCCCAAGACACCUACGGCCCGGUACUCGUCACUUUGAAUCCGCCCCACGAGCCACGGGAGGAACUCACGCAGGGGAAGUUCGUAUACCGGCAUCCGCUUUAUACGGUCGAGAGUGUGCGGGCGCAGAAGCGGUUGGAGCGGAUUCAGAAUGCCAGGGGCGUCAGCUAUGCGGGCGCAUGGACGAAGUAUGGCUUUCAUGAGGAUGGGUUUAGCAGUGGGGUGAAGGUUGCCAUUGAGCACUUGGGUGCUGAACUGCCGUUUGAGUUUGUGGAUUCGACGUACUCCCGUGGGCAUCGACCGGACUUGGGGUGGAGGGAUUACUUGCUGCGGGUUGUGCUGCUGCUUAUACUGCUGGUGAUCCGACUGCUGGAGCGUGUAUUUGGAUGA